AUGCUCGAGGACAGACGCAAGAUGAGCUCCAGCUUCGAACCACAGGACCGUGAAAGACUACUUUCAGAUGACGAAAGUUGGCCAUACGAGAGAGCAACGCCUGCGAAUGCAAGAUCUUGGAUCGCGACGGCGGUGCUUGUCGUCGCGACGGCGUGCAUUGCCGGAUUCGUAGGAGCUUGGAUCGGAAGCAACAAUUGGAGACGGGAGCCAACUGAGAUCUCCUGUACGAAGCAGUUGAAUCAGUACUCUCCGCUCUGGGAUCAGAUAGAAGUUUCAUAUGGAAUCACUCAAUUCAAUGGAUCUUUGCUGAAAGAGAACAUCUUCCGGCAGGAUGCCAGCCCUGAAGUAGACGCUGCUUGGGAAUCUCUGGGUAUCAACUAUCGAAGUGUUGCAAUUCCUGCCGACAAGGCAGAGAAGGCCGGAAUCGCUGAAGGUCAAGUAAAGAUCUCCGAAAAGUAUGGCGGAGGAUACCCGGCGAAUGUGGAAGGGCUCCACCACCUUCAUUGCCUGAAUCUGCUUCGGCAAUCUUUGUACUACAACUACGACUACUACCACAACACGGGCAAAGGAGCCUUCUCAAACGCAGACCACAUAGUCCGCAAGCACGUCUCGCACUGUCUCGACAUCAUCCGCCAACAGCUCGUGUGCGCGGUCGACACGGGCGUCCUGGGCCAGGUCUGGUUCCAGCCGGCGAACGCGCCGCUCGAGGCCUUCGUCGACUUCAACACCCGCCACAAGUGCCGCAACUUCGACGCCGUCCGCGCCUGGGCCGCCGCGCACCAGAUCCCGCCCGAGGUGCCCGACGAUUUCCUCCAGCCACCGGCGCCCGGUGACGCCGUCUACACGUCUGUCCCGUAG